UUCAAGCAAAGUGAGUUGGGUCAAUUUCGAAAUGACUCGCUCAAAUAUUAUUAUUAUUAUGUGUUGUCAAUUUGACCCGAUCCGUAUCCAACCCAAUUCAAUCCGAAGAUUCCGAACCCAUUAAUGUUCAAAUUAAAUUAAAAAAUAAAACGGAGAAAUUAGGGUUCUUCUCCAUACAAUCGCAACAAAGAAAAGGGGAAAAAAAGAGAGUAUUCGAUUCGAAUAAUGAAGCUGAAGCAUCUCGAAGGCCUCCUCGGAGACCUCCAACAAUUUUCGAAUCCGAAGGUGGAGCUGGAGCAAUACCCAACUGGGCCACAUAUUGCAUCACGAAUGAUUUACACGGCUGAAAAUAGCUUUGAUGAUAUAAGUGGCAAAGUGGUAGCUGACUUUGGUUGCGGCUGUGGUACGCUUGGUGUGGCGAGUUCUCUUUUGGGUGCUGAACAUGUGGUUGGGAUUGAUAUCGAUCCACAAUCUCUUGAAAUUGCUUCACAGAAUGCUGAAGAUUUGGAGGUGGGUAUAAAUUUCAUUUGGUCAGACAUCAAGAAUUUGAAAUUGAGAGGUCCUUUGGUAGAUACUGUUGUAAUGAAUCCUCCCUUUGGGACUAGAAAGAAAGGAUCUGAUAUGGAGUUCCUGUGCAUGGCUUUGAAGGUUGCUUCUCGAGCAGUAUAUUCUCUACAUAAGACUACAACCAGAGAAAGGACGGCCUUGCGGGAUUAUGGUGCCAAAAGCGCUGAGGUCUUAUGCGAGCUUCGGUUUGACGUACCACAACUUUACAAGUUCCACAAGAAGAAAGAGGUCGACGUAGCCGUGGAUCUCUGGCGCUUUGUUCCGUGACCCUUCGCAGUUCAAUGCUCAUCGCAAACCCGAACCAAAUUGCAACUUCUUACCGAGAUCGGAAUUGAGAAAAUGGUUCAUUAUGUACUUCUUUUUUUUUUUUUUUUUGAUGAAAAUUCAAUUGACUAAGAAGAUAUGAUGUGUGUGAUAAGCAAAUGUCUCAAAAAUUAUGUUUGGUACAUAUCAUGAUGGGAACCGUGAGUUUUUAGUGUGAAAAAUUCAUAAUGACAUUUUGAAUUUAUUGCUGCA